AUGUUUGCUCGACGAUUGUAUUCGACAGCAUCAUCUGCGUCAAAAUCCACAACACAGAUCCUCGAUGUGUCACUGAAAUAUGUUCCUGAACUCGGUUUUGAGAACGCUCUUGUCAAAGGUAUUCGUGAGCUAGGAUAUUCGGAUGCUGCUCAUUCUGUGUUUCCACAAGGAACUUUCAAUCUUGUUCAACAUCAUCUUAAACAACAACGAUUAGCACUUUCCAAAUCAGCUGCUGAACUGCCUACUUCAACUCCAUCCCAUAAUAUUCUCUCUUCUCUAGUAAAAUCACGACUUCGAGCCAACAUUGAGGUACUAGGCUCACCUACCCGUCUUUCCGAAGCUAUUUCAAUAAUGACUUUACCUAGCAACCUUCCAGGCUCUUUAGAAGAGCUGCACUCUCUAUCAGAUGAAAUAAUGUACCUGGCCCAUGAUCGAUCAACUGGAUUUGAUUGGUACACCAACCGAGGAUCAUUGUCUGCCAUCUAUGCCUCGUCAGGUAAGUUUCGAUCUAGUGAUUCAGUCUUUUCAAGGAACAAUUGCUCUAUUGAGAGGCGUUCAUAUUAUUAUAUUGCUAGCUUAUAG